AUGUCUGAGAUGCUGGAUGUAUCAGAGGAUAAACCUCUGAUGUCUCCCGACGUGCCCGAUGAGGACACCGUCUAUCCCACCGAGGAGGAGCUGGAGACUCUUCCCCGCGUCGCGGAUAAGAUCCCCUGGCGCGUCUACACGGUCGCCUUCGUGGAACUGUGUGAACGCUUUUCGUACUACGGCACGCAAAUACUGUUCCAGAAUUUCGUCCAACGAAGGCUCCUCACGCCGACUGGUCGAGCCCCCAAUCCUGGCGGAGACACAGACAACAACCCUGGCGCGCUGGGCCAGGGCCAGCAGAUGGCAACUGGUCUGGGGACUUUCUUCUCCUUUUGGUGCUAUGUGACUCCCCUGUUAGGGGCAUGGUUGGCGGAUACCUAUCUUGGAAGAUACAAGACGAUCAUGGUGUCGAUUGCCAUCGCAGUCCUCGGCCACGUCCUUCUUACCACCAGUGCGUUACCGCCUGUCCUAGCGCGCACCGACGUUGCCCUCGUCUCCUUCGUUAUCGCGCUCGUCGUCUUCGGCCUCGGGACAGGAGGCUUCAAACCGAACAUCUCGCCUCUGAUCGCAGAGCAGAUUGUUUCCGAGAAGCUCCGGGUCUCUAUCGACCCUAAAAGCGGAGAGCGCGUGAUCAUCGACCCAGCCCAGACGUCGGCGAGGAUAUACAACUGGUUCUACCUCUUUAUCAACAUCGGCGCCUUGAUAGGCCAGCUUUCCAUGUCCUACGCCGCGCUGUAUGUCGGAUACUACCUCGCCUUCCUGCUGCCGACGCUGAUGUUCCUCCUCUGCCCUCUCAUCCUGAUCCUCAACAAGAAGACCUACCGCCUCACCCCUCCCCAAGGCUCCGUCCUGGGCCCGGCUAUCAACAUGCUCCUCUACGCCGUCCGGCCCCAUUGGUCGUGGAACCCUCUUCGCACAAUCGGCAAUGUCCGCAAGACUACCACGUUCUGGACCGCCGUACAACCCUCGCACAUCGCACCCCACAAGCGUCCGUCCUGGAUGACAUUUGACGACGCGUGGGUCUCCGAACUCCGCCGCGGUGUCAAAGCCUGCUCCGUCCUCCUCUGGUUCCCGCUGUACUGGCUCACGUAUAACCAGAUGAACAACAAUCUCACCUCACAGGCCGACACAAUGAAACAUGCCGGUGUGCCUCCGGAGAUUGUCUCGAAUUUAGAUCCUCUGGCCCUGAUAAUUUUGAUCCCGAUAUGUGAUUUGCUUAUUUAUCCCAGUCUUAGGAAACGGGGCGUGAAGUUGACGCCAAUCAGGAAGAUCACGUUGGGAUUCUGGCUGGGGGCCGCUGCCAUGGUCUAUGCGGCAUUCCUGCAGAGGUACAUAUACAUGCACAACGAGUGUGGAUAUUAUCCCUCCGAAGGCCAAGACCUCCCCGGCAGCGGCGGCAGCAGUAGUAGCCGAGAUUGUCCACCAGCUUCCAUCUCAAUAGCCUACCAAGCACCAAUCUACCUCCUCGUCGCGAUCAGCGAGAUCCUGGCCAGCAUCACCUCGAUCGAAUACGCAUUCACCAAGGCGCCGCGCAACAUGCGCUCCAUGGUGCAAGCAUUCUCGCUCUGCAUGAGCGCCGUGGCGAACGUGAUCGGCGAGGGGUUUCUGUGGCUGGCGAGGGACCCGUAUCUGGUGUGGAAUUUCGGCGUCAUGGGCGCGGUAGCCUUUCUCGCGGGGUGCAUGUUUUGGUGGUUCAACAGGGGGUUGGAUGCAGAGGAGGACGCGAUGAAUCAGUUGCCAGAGGGCAGGAUGGGGGGUGCAAAAAGCGGCGAGGGAUGGGGCAGGAGGAGAGCAGGAGAGGAAGGACAGGUACCCAAGCCUGAGGGUAGCGACUCCGGUCAUGGUGUUGAUGACACAAGUUGGAGUGAUCUGGGUGAAGCUUCUGACGCAUCCCACGAGAGUUUACUGGGCAAUAAAGCUUCACUGAGUGGCGAGGGGAGCUAG